AUGGGACAUAAGGAGCAUGGAGGGACUUGGCACAUGGAAGCAGCUCAACUGGAUACGCAAAGGAAGAAGGGAGAAGCCAUCUUGAAGACCAGCUCGACCGUCCUACUCGACCAACCGGUCGAGUUCCUCAACUCGACCGGCCAAGCUUCAACUCGAUCGAGCUGUCAAAAUGAGCAUCUCCUCCUUGAUCCUAUCUUCUUGGAUCGAGUGGCUCCUUCCUCAAGCUGCUUGGUGUCUCCUCCUUACUGGUUUAGACCAUCUUUAUCCUCCUCAAGUAGCUGGUGUCACCACUUGAUUGGCUUAGAACAAGAUUGCUCCAAAAGUACGUUUCCUCGUUUAGAGGGUUUCGUCUUGAUACGGGGUAUCACAACUGGUGUCACCGUAACAGCUCCCGGCGAUAGCCCAAACACCGACGGUAUCAAGUUUGGUUUCUGUAGCAACAUUCGCAUCUCGAACACAAACAUUGGUACCGGAUACGACUGUAUCGCCAUUCUUUCUGGAACAUCAAACAUGGAUAUCUCUAACGUAAAGUGUGGUCCAGGACAUGGAAUUAGUGUCGGAAGCUUAGGGAAAAACAAAGGCGAGAAAGAUGUUAUCGGCAUAACAGUACGUGACACAGUUUUUAAUAGCACAAGCGAUGGUAUUCGAAUCAAGACUUGGGAAUCUUCUGCUGCGAAGAUCGUCGCUUCUAAAUUUGUGUUCGAGAAUAUUCAGAUGAUUAAUAUUGGAAAACCAAUCAACAUCGAUCAGAAGUAUUGUCCUUACCCACCUUGUGAAAAGACGGGAGCAUCUCACGUUCAGAUAAAGGACAUCAAGUACAAAAACAUAUAUGGGACAUCAAAGAACAAAGUGGCAGUGAAUCUACAAUGUAGCAAGAGCUUUCGUUGCAAGAAUGUUGAGCUAAUUGACAUUAACCUUGAGCAUAAUGGAGUUGAGGGUGGUCCUUCCACUGCUGUGUGCGAGAAUGUUGAUGGUUCUGCUCGUGGUAAGAUGGUUCCAAAGCAUUGUCUGGCUUGA